CAGGAGGACAAAUUUCUUUUUUUGAUACUGACAUGUCUUUUGGUCUGGUGGGUGGGUUGACGUUACUUACCACACCCUGGUUUCCCAACUGUCACAAGCCACGGCGAUGGCAAAGGCAUCAUCCAAAGUCGCAUAUUAUGCAGUUACGAAGGGCCGCCAGCCCAGUAUAUAUCCAACUUGGUUUGUGCUGCGUUCAAGGGGUUCUCCACACGAGCAGAAGCAGAGGCUUUCCGUAGCUGGAAAACUUGAUAUUCCAUCUGAAUUGCCAGGAAAGGCUCAGUCGAUAUCAACUGGCCAUCAACCCAUCACAAGCACUGUACAAACUAUCUUUGCAUCCGAUGCGGACGCUAAGGAGUUCAACGUUGUGUAUUGCGAUGGUGCGUGUAAAGGAAAUGGCCAGGAUGGCUCCAUAGCAGGUAUAGGCGUAUGGUGGGGCCGCAACGAUCCUAGGAAUCUGUCAGAACGGUGCCCAGGAGCCCAAACGAACAAUAGGGCUGAACUCAUUGCCAUCGUACGCAUCCUAGAGACGACGCCAGCAUUAAAACGUAAACUGCUGAUCAAGACCGAUUCACAAUACUCCAUACAAUGCGUAACGAGUUGGAUCUUUAAAUGGAUGACCAACGGGUUCCGCACUACUGGCGGACAACCAGUGAAGAAUUGUGCGUUGAUCAAGUACCUUUCGGCUUUGCUCCAUGCAAGGAAAGUGUCAGGCCAGACCGUCGAGUUCAAGCAUGUCCGCGGGCAUGUCGGAUUGGAAGGAAACGAAGCCGCUGAUGGACUCGCGAAUGCAGGUUCAUUACAAUCAACCCUUCCGGAGAGAGACUGGGAACAGCUCGAACAAGACGUGUUGAAAAACAUGUCACAGAAAAAAAAGGCACAAGAGAGAGAAAAAAUCGUUUGUGGCGGUGACGACAGCAAGCAACGUUCAAUUGCAUUGACGUAUGCAUAUGUAGUAGGUCUGCUGGAUGACGAUGAGCUAACUUCCUCGACAGUCCAAAAAUUGACAACGCAAAACCAUCCCUGCGAUUGCCUGUGAGAUCGCCUGUGCCUAAAAACUCACCUGAAAAAAUUGGCAAAAACGGCGAGUCAGCAAGGGAAACUGUUCCGGUUGUUGUGCGUUGUCCUGCUAUGACAUCCCGGUCAGCUCCUCGGGUCCCAAUAGCCUUGAGCAAAACAGAACUAGAGGCAUUUGCCUCCUGUCUCCUUAGUAAUACUGAACUGGUCAGGCUUGGGAGGGACGGCAAGUUUCCAUCUGAUUAUUAGGGUAGUGUGAGGAUGGCGUACAAGUGCCUCCCAGUGAAUCGGCAACUUUGUGCACAUGAUUUUUUGCGUAGUAGUUUGUAUAGCAGAUAUCACCGGAAUCCGCACGUCUUGCUACUAGCGAGGUAUAUGGACAGGC